GCGGUUGUUGCUGGAAAGUUUCUAGUGCUCGUCUUGGCGAAGCUACAGCUCGAUAAUGUCGCAUCCUGCUGAAGGCGGACUGCUGUGGAAGUUCUGCUGGUAACGACGGGAGGACGCGGGGCGGACAUGGCCGUUCUGCCGCACGUCGCUAGUGUCUUCGAGCGGUUGUGCCACGGGCCUGGGGUCAGUUUGUGCCACAGCUGAAUGGAGUUUGUGCCGUCGGAUAGUGGCCUAGCGUCAGUUAGCUGGCUAACCCCCCCUCAGCACCACCUCCAGCGUAGAGACUGUAUCAUGAUGCCCCCGCUUUAACAAGGCUACAUCCCUCAUACCUGGAUUAACUUCAUUUGUCACCGCCGCCACUACCACCACCACCACCAUGUCUGACCAAAAUUACUACUGGACAGUGUUGCCGAGCUACAAAACUAGCUUUGUGACCGGGGCCAUGAUGAAAAGAUCGAAAAGUUCCCGUAACAAUAAAAGGAGGAGUCUGGCAGUCGGGACCCCGUCGCCCACGCUCUCCAGACCGCUUUCACCUCUCCCACUUGCCACAGCUGGCAGCAGCCCUUCUGAAAGUCCUAGAAAUGUCUCAGCCAGCACCUCUGCUAAUUUCCAAUUUGCCCGCAGCCAACUGGCCCGUAACGAAAGGGUGGAUGGCCGAAGGUGGUCUGUGGCAUCAGUUCCUUCAUCUGGAUACUGCACCAAUGCACCCAGUUCAUCAGUAUCUUCCUCCUCCUCCCAGGAGUUACUACACCAGUUGCCCUUACAGCCCACGCAAGACGAUCUCCACUUCCUGUUCAAACAUUUCCGGAGCACCGAGAGUGUGGCAGACGAAGAAGGAGCACACCCCUCACCCCCUGUCAGGGUCCGCUCACGCAGUCUCAGUCCUGGACGAACAUGUGGAACAUUUGACAAUGAGAUUGUCAUGAUGAAUCAUGUCUACAAAGAACGUUUUCCUAAGGCGACUGCCCAGAUGGAGUGUCGGCUGCUCGACAUCAUUGCAGAGUGUUCCCCAGACACUGCUUUGCCCCUGGCUGAUGGUGUGCUGGGAUUCAUUCAGCACCAGCUGAUGGAGCUUGCCCGAGAUUGCCUGGAUAAAUCCCAGAAAGGCCUGGUCACUUCCAGGUACUUUGUUGAGCUGCAGGAGAAACUAGAGAAACUGCUGCAUGAGGCGUAUGAACGUUCAGAGAGUGAGGAGGUGACCAUCAUCACCAAACUGGUCAAGAAGAUCCUCAUCAUCAUAUCCAGACCUGCCAGACUUCUGGAGUGCCUGGAGUUUGACCCAGAGGAAUUUUACCAGCGUCUAGAAGCUGCUGAGGGUCAGGCCAAGGUGGGACAUGGCGUAAAGAAUGAUAUUCCCAGAUACAUCAUCAGCCAGCUUGGUCUCACCAGGGAUCCCUUGGAAGAAAUGGUCCAUCUGGAGCAGACAAGCCCAAGUCACAGGUCGGCAAGCAGAGAAUCUGAUGACUCUGGAGAGACAACUCUUAUACAGAGCCGAGCUGCCUGCACUCCACCUCGUAGGAAACCACUGGAGAGUGACUUUGAGACUAUCAAGCUCAUUAGCAAUGGCGCCUAUGGGGCCGUGUUUCUGGUGCGCCACAAGGAAACCCGUCAGCGCUUUGCCAUGAAGAAAAUCAACAGGCAGAACUUGAUGUUAAGGAAUCAGAUCCAGCAGGUGUUUGUGGAGCGAGACAUCCUAACCUUUGCGGAAAACCCAUUCGUGGUUUCUAUGUUCUGCUCGUUUGAGACAAGGAGGCAUCUCUGUAUGGUCAUGGAGUAUGUGGAAGGUGGAGAUUGUGCCAAUCUAUUAAAGAACAUUGGUCCUUUGCCUGUGGACAUGGCACGGAUGUAUUUUGCAGAGACUGUCCUGGCUCUAGAGUAUCUUCACAACUAUGGAAUUGUACACAGAGACCUCAAACCUGACAAUUUGUUAAUCACCUCCAUGGGGCACAUAAAGCUGACAGACUUUGGAUUGUCAAAAAUUGGUCUAAUGAACAUGACCACCAACCUGUAUGAAGGUCACAUUGAGAAAGAUACCAGGGAGUUCAUUGACAAACAGGUGUGUGGGACACCUGAGUACAUUGCUCCUGAAGUGAUCCUCAGACAGGGUUAUGGGAAGCCUGUGGACUGGUGGGCCAUGGGCAUCAUUCUUUAUGAAUUCUUGGUAGGGUGUGUGCCUUUUUUUGGAGACACACCAGAGCAGCUUUUUGGUCAGGUGGUUAAUGAUGAGAUCAUCUGGCCGGACGGGGAGGAUGCUCUGCCAGCUGAUGCUCAGGACCUUAUCACCAGACUGCUGCGGCAGAGCCCUCUGGAGCGCCUGGGAACAGGUGGAACCACUGAGGUAAAGAUGCAUAUGUUCUUCGUGGGGCUGGACUGGAACGGACUCCUGAGGCAGAAAGCUGAAUUCAUACCACAGCUAGAGACCGAAGAGGACACCAGCUACUUUGACACCCGAUCAGAGCGCUACUGCCAUCUGGGUUCAGAUGACGAUGAUGAAACCAAUGAUGAUGAGUCAUCCCUGGAGCUCAGACAGUUCUCCUCAGUGGCCCACCGCUUCAGCAAGGUGUACAGCAGCACAGAGCACCUGCUGACGUCCACUCCAUCCAAUCAGAGUCUGUCGUCAUCAGAGCGAAGCCACAGUGAGGAGAAGGAGGAGCGAUGGGAAGGCAGAGGGGUUCUUUCUCCUGGUGACGGUCACAAACAGUUGGCUAGUGGAGAGAGGAGGACAGAUGGACAUAGAGGAAGUCUCAGGCCUCGUGCUUCCUCCAGUUCCUCUCAGUCAGAGCGCAGUGCCAGCCCACUGGUGAUGAAUAGCACGCAGAGCCUCGACAUCAUGCCUCGCUUUGCCAUCUCCACAGAAGAAGAGGAUGGGAUGGUUUCCAACCUGCGGCGCAUUCGUCUGCGGAGCAACAGCACAGGCACCAGGCCCUCAUUCCGGAGAGGAGCAUCUCGGCGCAUGGCCCACCAACUGGAGACCCCGGAGAAGCCCAGUAGCCCAUCUGGCAAAGUCCCCAAGUCUGCCUCUGUAUCUGGCCUCUCACUUAUCAUCACUCCAGAUGACACAGCUGGUCCUCCAACAAGCCCCAAAUCAUCCCUAUCAUUGUCAUCUAACCCUUCGUCAAGAGACUCCUCCCCCAGCCGGGACCUGUCUGUCAGUAUUAGCUGUCUUAGACCUCCUGUGGUCAUCCACAGCUCUGGGAAAAGGUUUGGCUUUGCUCUGCGAGCUAUUAGGGUCUACAUGGGAGACAGUGACGUCUACACUGUCCACCAUAUGGUCUGGUCCGUAGAGGAGGGCAGUCCAGCACAUGAGGCAGGAUUGAGGGCUGGUGACCUCAUCACUCACGUCAAUGGAGAGUCUGUCCAGGGACUCGUACACACAGAGGUGGUGGAGCUGCUGCUCAAGAGUGGCAACAGAGUGACCCUGCAGACGACUGCCCUGGAAAACACUUCUAUUAAAGUGGGCCCUGCUAGAAAAUCAAGCUACAAAGCUAAGAUGGCCCGACGCAGUAAAAAGAGCAAAAGGAAGGAUGGACAGGACAGCAGACGACGUAGCAUCUUGAAGAAGCUGUCCAAGCACACACCUCCACCCAUGCAAAGCAGUCGCAGCUUCUCUUCUGGCUUCCACCAGUCAUCAAGCGACAGCCUUUCUGGUUCCCCCACUCAAAGUCUUUCUCCAGGACCUUCUACACCUUGUCGCUCCCCAGCUCCUGAUCACUCUGGAGACUCAAGUUCGUCUCCUUGCUCCAGUUCCCCAAACUCACCUGUACCACAGGCUCGUCCCAGUUCACUCCAUGUCUUAGGUCGGUACACAAAAGCUGGCCGCUGCAAAUCCACCAGUAGUAUCCCUCCUUCACCACUGGCCUGCAACCCACCACCUCAGCCUCUCUCUCCACAAUGCUCGCCAUCUUGUCUCCCCAAUCACCCCAAGUCCCUGCAGGGUUUCCACGGUAAGACGUUGUCCCCUCCAACUAUUGCUCGUCACUCUGUGCGUCCUCGCAGUGCAGAGCCACCCCGAUCACCACUGCUCAAGAGAGUGCAGUCAGCAGAAAAGCUGACGGGGGACAAGACAACAGGUGGUUACCAUGGCGAUAGGAAGGCAUACAGCACCCGCCGCCACACCAUGGAAGUGCCCCUGUCUGAAGGGGAGGGACUGGAAGAUAUGGAUGAAGACCCGGCUGCUGGGUUUGUCUGUGUUGGCGAGCAUGGCCGUCAAGGGCUGUACGUUGGCGGACAGAGAGGCCACCAGGACACAGGCAGCGGAGGCAACGAGCAUCAUCGAUGCACUGCCUCACCACAGCACCGAGGCAGCAACCACCACUCCAAAGAAGUGGUGGUGAUGAGGAAGCUGGCUCUGUCGGAAAGGAGGGACUCGUUCAAAAAGCAGGAAGCCGUGCAGGAAGUGAGUUUCGACGACCUGGAGGAGAAAGAAGCAACACCGAGCCCCACGUUUAACGCGACACAGCCAAAGGCAUUUAAGGCAACCUGGGUCAACAUGGCCCAGUCAGAAACCUGCAUGAAUCUGGAAGCAAGGGGUUCACAGGGUAUAUCAACACAGCAGAAACACAAGUCUAAAGACAAAGAAAAGUAUUAGUUUAGCUUAAUAGUGAGUUAAAGGUUAGCAAAGUAAGAGUCAUUGACCUACUACUGUACCUAUCAUUUAGGGAGACACGUCCACAAAACUGUGAGGAAGUUCAACAUCAUCACAAGCAACUGCCUGAAGAAAGAAGAACAAAUUGAUUUUAAUGUUUCUCAAUAAUAUAUAUGCAUCCUGCUAUACUGUUAACGGAAUACUGACUGCCUAAAGUAAUGUUUACUUCCUAGUUGCUUGUUUUCUCUUGGUUCUCAAAUCACUGUGGCACCUGUAACAGAUGUAUUUUGUACAUAUUUUCAUUUAAAUGAAGAAAUUUUUAGACUUUGUAAGACUUUGUAUUGUCAUCUUGUUUUUAGUUGUUGAAGAUGCCCUGGAUGCUACCACUGGAAUUGCACAAAUGAAAGGCCAUGCAACAACUUCUCUGAGGUUUUAGCGUAGGUGCAGAAAAGGGAGGCAACAUGACGGAACAUCGCAGUUUUUGUUUUUUUAUUUUUUGUGAUGCCUAGAAUGGGCUGUUGUUUGUGUUCAGAGUGAGACUUUGAAUCAAACUGUGUUUGCCCUACAGCGUGUAAGUAAUGUAGUGUCGGAUUACAAAUAUACUGUGCUGCUUCUCAACAGACUCUAACCUGCAGAUUGUAGUGGUAAAUAUUCAGCCUAAUUGAUCCUUUGUGGAAUUCUCAAUAUCUUACUUGCCAAAGCAUGGUUUAAUCAUAGAACCAUUUACAAGAGGUACUGUAGUUGUACAUAUGAACCUUCAUGCAUGCACUGGCUCUACCACCACUCGCUGUCUGUCUUGUUAAGAAAAAAAUGGUGCACUAGUGCUGAGACUCCUCUAGCAGUGGCUUAAGUCAUAACCUGCUCAACGUACAGGUGUGUAGAUAAAGCUUAGUGACUAUAAAGGCUGUCAUGUCUGUCCCCUAAUACUUGGCUGAAUCAAGCCUCCGUCCAGCUCCUUCCAACCUUAGCUUCACCGAAGUCACAGUUUAGGUUUUAGACUGAUCUUUCUCCGUGGGAUCCAAAACUUGUACAGUGGAUUUAAUAAGCAAAACUGCCUCUGUUGGCUGUUUUAAAAUGUGUAUUAUGAAUGAAUGUUUACAUUUGGUGCAAAUAUGUGAGUGUGGGCUUAACAUGGUUUUUGUUAAAUUAUUGAAAAAAAAAAAAAAACAACGCGAUAAAAUGGGAGGGUUCAAAGCUGAAUGGAUGAGAGGAUGAAUGAAGGUGAUCAUGUUUUGUAUAUUUUGAUAUGGAAGCAGUCUUGUUGCAGUACUAAUGCCCUAUGCUGUUGAUGUACUGUAUAUUGUGUAAACAAUAGUGGACCUUACAACAGAUGUUGGUGGUGUUUUCAGAAAGUGACCUUGUAAGGAUAGAUGGACUCCGAAAUAACGUGUAUGUGCUCACAAUCCCAUGUUUGAUUAGCGUGUAUGCUUCAUAUCCCAUUCUAUAUUUUUUUUCAGAUUAAAGCUACUUAUCUCAUUAGAUAGACCUUGGAUUUUAAGUUUGACUGGUAUAACUUUUAAAAGAUUAGGAUUUUUUUUACAUUUUUUAAAACUCUAUGCAUGCUUUUAUUUUUAUGCUUUCAAUUUAUGUUGUUUUUCUUAUUUCAAGCUUUUUUUCGUUUUAAAAAAGCUUCCAGUCUUACAUCAGAUUCUUUAUGAAAAGCACACAGGGUCCCCUUUUGUAAAACAGAAGAAAAUUCCAUUGGGUCAAUUCAAAAUUACCCCAAACUAAACUAGCAAAUGUUUUGGGCUUCAAAUCAAAAUUUGAUGUUUUGCUUACUUGGGGGGAAACAAAGUGUAAUUUCUGUUGCAGUACAAAUUCCGGUAUCUUUUAAAUUUGCAUCCCCAUCAAACUGUUACACUAGAGUUGGACCUUGUUAUACAUUGUGCAUUUAUUUUAUUUUGUUUUCAGUUAUUUUAGGAACACGGACUAAUAGGAACAUUAGUCUAUGUAAAAAUGAAGCAUCACAAUAAACUCCAUAUCUGUUCUUACCAUUACAUAGGUGCUCAGCUGCCAUUCCCUAUAUUUCCCACACUUGUUUCAGUGUGUUUGUGUGUUGAAGUUGUUGCUCCCUACUCAACUCCCCUUGAUCCCAAAUGACAAACUGGCAAUUGUAAACUCUUUGCCAUGUGGGUAUGUGGUGCAGACUGUUGUGACAUUGUCCGUUUUUCUAUUGUCUUUACAGUGCUUGAAAUAAAUGAACUGCAGAGGACUGAACGGUCCACGACUACAAA